AUGAGAUCGAGAUCUAAAUGUCAAUUUCUUUAUCACAGUCCAGUAAAGACCAUCCUUAUUUCACUUGCUCUCGUUUUCCUUCUUCUGUGUAUUUGGUUCUGGCCUCCACAGCAAAUACAAAUCUACAACUACUAUAAUUCCAGCAAAGAGGGAAAUAUCAAUAGUGAGGCUGUAGCCACUAAUGCUGCACCACUGAAAAUUUACAGCCAAGAUGAAUCCUUGGUCAACCUUCUAGGAAACCUAACCUUCAAGAAUUAUGGUAUUGUCAGGAGUUCUGAUCAUUACGUAUGGAAAGAAAUUCGUAUUUCAUACGUGGAGGCACAGAAUGUGUCAGGUCCAUAUUUGGGCUGGGCCGAUAUAGGUCAUGCUAACUAUCUGUAUCAUGAUGUAUCAGGUGAUCUGACUCACCCUGCAUCUGGAAUGAGGAGUAGUGUACCACUAGGAGGUAUUUCCACUGGCAAUAUUGAACUUCGUGGUGAUGGAACAUUUCAUGAAUGGAGCAUCUUCAAUCAGUACCCUGCUGGAGCAGCCAAAAUCCAAAUCAUUGAUGAUGUCUUCAUGGGUAUUAGAACAGUUGUCCAGGGCCAAGAACCAGUGUCCAUUGUACUACAGACCCAACCCAGCAACCAACAACUACCUGCAGUAGAAGCCCUGAAAUACCAGGGUGAGCUGUAA